UGUGGCUUCGACUACUCAACGUUACGAUGGCAAGCAACGGGAAUGCUAACAUGGUGGAGGUUCAGAACUGUUACAACUGUGGACAGCCUGGGCACAUCUCCAGAUACUGUCCUUUUCCAGAUCGGCGUCUCAACCAACCUGCUACUUCGACUGCGAUUGUMCCAGCCACUCCUUUGCUGACUGCGCCAGCGGUGACUGUUGGAGCUAUUUAUUCCAAUCAGUAUUCCAAUGGUGGUGGUCAGUGUAGUUGGCUUGGGAAACGGGUGUUCACUUUGGAAGAAAAGGUCGCUAGGAUUAGUAUUAGACAUGAUGCGGAGGAGGCUAGAGAACGAGCAGAACGAGUGGAUGCUGACAAGAAGAAGCGUGAAAAAGAAGAUGAGGAGCGACGUCAGCGUGAGAAACAGGAGCGUGAAGAACAGCAAUCGAAGAUGCACAAGGAGAUGGGUGAAAAGUUGGAUAAGGUGGUGGAGGCAAUUAACAGGAAGAAGACUAACGAGGGAAAUGAAGUAGCUAUUCUUAAAGCCGAAGUCGAAAGACUAAGUCGGUUAAAUGCAGGUGCCAGCACCUCCGCUACUGUGGCACAACUGAGUAACGAGCACAAAGAGUUGGUUCGGCUUCGCCGCGAACAAGCUGAAAUGAAGGCUGCUGCCGACAAAUGUUUCUCAUCGCUGGAAGGUGUUAUCCUUGCACUUCAGAGACAGUGCGAGGACGCUGAGAACAAUGCUGAAUUACUGAAGCAAGGGUUCAGCCUCGUACUACCUCGGCAGUUCCUAGUGCGGCACGGCAAGUGGAUGCAGUUGAAGGGUGUCGUUGAAAGGCACCAGGCGGAGGUUGAGUUACUCAAAGAAAUGCGACUCAAGGAGGUGAAUGCUCGGAGAGAAUCGGAGAAAGAGACUGAGAAGUUAAAAGAAGAGAUGGCGAGACUUCAGACUGUGAAGAAAUCGAAGGCCCGUGGGACUAAUCUGAAGUCCAGAUUGGAUGAUGCGGCAUGCGUUUCCGCUAGGAAAGGCAAGGGGAAGGUGCUGGACAGUCCAGCUAAGGAAGCGGUCGACAGGGAAGCUUUCGUUCGUAACGAACGAAAACAGCUACGUGCACUGAAUAAAGAAGCAGUGGUGGCCAUCUGCGAACAAGAAGGUAUCACUUACACCACUCUCGAUCCCACAAAGGAAGACAUUGCGCAGAAGAGGGCGCCCGUUGUUUUCGACGGAGAAGGCGAAGAUAGGGUGUUUCUGUGGUUGAAGUAACGGAAGAUGGGGAGGGGAACUCUGAAACUGGUGUCGGGCGUGAUUCAACUACUUCUUAGAAUCACCCCCGAACG